GGGCGGGGCGAGGCGCGGGGCGGGGCCGGCGACAGUGAGAGCCAGGAGCCAGGCGGCCUUCUCCGCCGCCAUGGCCACCGUGGACCUGGAGAAACUGCGGAUGUCGGGGGCCGGCAAGGCCAUUGGCGUGCUGACCAGCGGCGGCGACGCGCAAGGUAUGAAUGCUGCUGUCAGAGCUGUGACGCGCAUGGGCAUUUACGUGGGAGCCAAGGUCUUCCUCAUCUAUGAGGGCUACGAGGGUCUCGUGGAAGGAGGUGAGAACAUCAAACAGGCCGACUGGCUCAGCGUCUCCAACAUCAUCCAGCUGGGUGGCACCGUCAUUGGCAGCGCCCGCUGCCAGGCCUUCACCACACGGGCGGGACGCCUGGCGGCGGCCUACAACCUGAUCCAGCACAGAAUCACCAACCUGUGUGUCAUUGGCGGGGAUGGCAGCCUCACGGGUGCCAACAUCUUCCGCAGCGAGUGGGGCAGCCUGCUGGAGGAGCUGGUGGGGGCAGGCAAGAUCUCGGAGGGCACAGCUCAGACGUACUCGCACCUGAACAUCGCUGGGCUGGUGGGCUCCAUCGACAACGAUUUCUGUGGCACGGACAUGACCAUCGGCACAGACUCGGCCCUCCACCGCAUCAUGGAGGUCAUCGACGCCAUCACCACCACUGCCCAGAGCCACCAGAGGACCUUCGUGCUGGAGGUGAUGGGGCGGCACUGUGGGUAUCUGGCCCUGGUGUCUGCCCUGGCGUCGGGGGCCGACUGGCUGUUCAUCCCCGAGGCACCGCCUGAGGAUGGCUGGGAGAACUUCAUGUGUGAGAGGCUCAGUGAGACUCGGAGCCGCGGAUCCCGCCUGAACAUCAUUAUCAUCGCCGAGGGCGCCAUAGACCGCAACGGGACGCCCAUCUCCUCCCGCUAUGUGAAGGACCUGGUGGUCCAGAGGCUGGGCUUUGACACACGUGUGACUGUGCUGGGCCACGUGCAGAGGGGAGGGACCCCCUCGGCAUUCGACCGCAUCCUGAGCAGCAAGAUGGGCAUGGAGGCCGUGAUGGCGCUUCUGGAGGCUAUGCCUGACACGCCGGCCUGCGUGGUCAGCCUCUCAGGGAACCAGUCAGUGCGGCUCCCCCUUAUGGAGUGUGUGCAGGUGACAAAAGAGGUACAGAAGGCCAUGGAUGAGAAGAGGUUCGAGGAGGCCAUCCAGCUCCGUGGCAGGAGCUUUGAGAACAACUGGAAUAUUUACAAGCUGCUUGCACACCAGAAGCUCUCCAAAGAGAAGACUGGCUUCUCCCUCGCCAUCCUGAACGUGGGGGCCCCAGCGGCUGGCAUGAACGCUGCUGUGCGCUCGGCGGUGCGUAUUGGCAUUUCCCACGGCCACACGGUGUAUGUCGUGCACGAUGGCUUUGAAGGCCUGGCCAAGGGUCAGGUGCAGGAAGUGGGCUGGCAUGAUGUGGCAGGCUGGCUGGGACGUGGUGGCUCCAUGCUGGGGACCAAGAGGACGCUGCCCAAGGCCUACCUGGAGAAGAUUGUGGAGAAUGUGCGCACUUACAGCAUCCAUGCACUGCUGGUCAUCGGUGGCUUCGAGGCCUAUGAGGGGGUGCUGCAGCUGGUGGAGGCCCGGGGGCACUAUGAGGAGCUCUGUAUCGUCAUGGGUGUCAUCCCCGCCACCAUUAGCAACAACGUGCCGGGCACCGACUUCAGCCUGGGCUCGGACACCGCCGUGAAUGCCGCCAUGGAGAGCUGUGACCGCAUCAAGCAGUCAGCCUCGGGGACCAAGCGCCGUGUGUUCAUCGUGGAGACCAUGGGAGGUUACUGUGGCUACCUGGCCACUGUGACGGGCAUUGCUGUGGGGGCUGAUGCAGCCUAUGUCUUUGAGGACCCCUUCAACAUUCAAGAUUUGAAGGCCAAUGUGGAGCACAUGACAGAGAAGAUGAAGACGGAUAUCCAGAGAGGCCUGGUGCUUCGGAAUGAGAAGUGCCAUGAGCACUACACCACAGACUUCCUUUAUAACCUGUACUCCUCUGAGGGGAAGGGCAUUUUCGACUGCAGGACCAACGUCCUGGGCCACCUGCAGCAGGGCGGGGCUCCAACCCCCUUUGACCGCAACUACGGGACCAAGCUGGGGGUGAAGGCCAUGCUCUGGAUGUCAGAGAAGCUGCAGGCAGUCUACCGCAACGGGCGGGUGUUCGCCAACGGCCCCGACUCAGCCUGUGUGAUUGGCCUGCGGAAGAAGGUGGUGGCCUUCAGUCCUGUCACUGAGCUCAAGAAGGACACUGACUUUGAGCCAGUGUCCCCAGCUGGGUGGGCUGCCCGCACAGCUGCCCGACCUCCGCCCCGGCCCGCCUGCAGGCACCGCAUGCCCCGGGAGCAGUGGUGGCUGAAGCUGCGGCUCAUGCUGAAGAUGCUGGCGCACUACCUCAUCAGCAUGGAUGACUACGUGUCCGGGGAGCUGGAGCACGUCACACGCCGCACGCUCAGCAUUGACAAGGGCUUCUGAAGCCGCCCGCCCCUUUCCCGCUGGGACGAGCACUGGGGCCUGCUCAGCCCAGCUCCUCCAGGAUGGCAUCCUGGUACCCACCUUCCACCCGGGGCACGGGGGGUGCCUGCGCUCGGACACUGCCCCCCUCUGCCUCAGCACCCGUGUGGCCCUCCCCACCGCUCCCUCGGGGGACCUGGACCAAGGGGGUUCAGUGCCCCUGGGCUGUCCCUGUGGCCCUGCUCCUGUGUGUGCACUGGCUCCCAGGGCUGAGCAGACCUUGUCACCUUCUCAAGAAGUAAAAUCACUCAAACUGC